AUGCGUACACGUCCAUUUCUUCAAGCGUAUUGGUUGCUGUUUAUGUACAUUGUCCGUCGGUGCUGCGAGUUUUUGUUCUUCGUGUUAGUAUAA